CUCUCUCCAUCUUAAAAAAAAAAAAAAAUGAACUCAAACCCUUCAUCAUCAUCAUCAUCAUCUUUGCGUCGUAAUUGGUUACACCAUGUGUUCCCGAGCUUCCACGGUGCAGAUGUCCGGAGAUCGUUUCUUAGUCACAUUCUGAAGGAGCUAAGAAGCAAAGGAAUUGACUCAUUCAUUGAUAAUGAUAUCAUGAGAGGAGAAUUUAUCGGCCCUGAGCUCGAAAAAGCGAUCAAAGGAUCAAGGAUAGCCAUUGUCUUGCUCUCGAGUAAUUACGCUUCAUCGUCUUGGUGUCUUGAUGAAUUGGCGGAGAUCAUCAAGUGCAAGGAAGAUUUGGGUCAAACAGUGAUGACUAUUUUCUAUGAAGUGGAUUCAACUGACGUCCAGAAUCAGGCCGGGCAUUUUGGGGAAGUCUUUAGAAAAACUUGUAAUGCUAAAACAAAGGAGCACUUUGAGAGAUGGAUAGAUGCCUUGGUACAAGUAGCCCAAAUCGCUGGCUAUCAUUCAACCAACUGGGCUACUGAAGCAGAGAUGAUUGAAGAUAUUGCCACUGAUGUUUUGAAAAUGUUGACUAAGAAUUCAACGCCAUCAAGGGAUUUAGACGGCUUCAUUGGAACGGGAUCUCAUAUGGAGAAGAUGAAACCGUUGUUAUGCAUAGACUCUAAUAAUAAUGAAGCAAGGAUGAUUGGGAUCUGGGGUCCUCAUGGGAUUGGUAAGACCACCAUUGCCAGAUGUCUUUUUGACGAAUACUCUGGCAGCUUUGAGUUGAGUGUCUUUAUGGAGAAUAUCAAAUCAAUGUAUACAACACCAAUUUGUUUAGAUGACUACACUACAAAGUUGGAUUUGCAGCAAAAGUUCAUGUCUCUUAUAAUCAACGAAAAGGAUAUCAGGAUUCGUCAUUUAGGAGUUGCACAAGAAAGGCUCAAGAACAAGAAAGUUCUUGUUAUUCUCGAUGACGUCGAUCAAUUAGUUCAACUAGAAGCCAUUGCAAAAGAUACUCGGUGGUUUGGUCCUGGAAGUCGGAUUAUCAUUACAACACAAGAUCUGAAACUUUUGAAGGCUCAUGGGGUUGAUCAUAUUUACAAGGUUGGUGCUUCUACUGAGUCUCUUCAAAUCUUCUGUACGUAUGCUUUCGGACAAAACUCCCCUAAAGAUGGUUUUGAGAUGCUUGCCCGAGAAGCUACAGUUCUUGCUGGUCAAAUCCCUUUGAGACUAAGGGUUGUCGGCUCUUAUUUUCGAAGGAAAUCCCCCUGCGAGAAGAUGUGGGAAAAGGCACUAGUCGAGUUAAGGAGUCGCCUUGACAUAGAAAUUGAAACUGUUUUAAAGUUCAGCUACGAUGCCUUGUGUGAGAAAGAUAAAGAUUUAUUCCUUCAUCUAACUUGUUUUUUCAACUUUGGAAGUAUUGAGAUUAUAGAAAGUUAUCUUGCCAAAACGUUUCUUGACUUCAGGCAAGGGAUUGACGUCUUAGUCGAGAAAUCUCUCGUAUCCAUUGUCUCUGGAUAUUUAGAGAUAGAUCAUUUGCUAGUUCAACUUGGAAGAGAAAUUGUGCGAAAAAAAUAUGGUACUGAACCUGGGAAAUAUUCCAUUCGCAAGCCUGCAAAACGCAAGUUUUUGGUUGAUUCAAGAGAUAUUUUUCAAGUACUAAGUGAUGAUACAGCAGAUAGUACCAGUGUUAUAGGACUAGAUCUCAGUUUAUCUGAGACCGACGACGACGAAAUUGAUAUAAGUGAAAGAGCCUUUGAAAGAAUGUCUAAUCUCCAAUUCUUAAGAAUCAGUGGCGCGUGCGAUGUAUUGUUCUUUCCCCAAAGUCUGAACUCUAUAUCUAGAAAGCUUAGAUAUAUAAAUUGGAUGUAUUUCCCAAUGCCAUCUUUGCCUUCUAAUUUUGAUCCGAAGUUCCUCAUCAACCUAAGCAUGCAGAUGAGCCAGCUUGAGGAGUUGUGGGGCGGAGAUCUACAGCUUAGAAAUCUGAAGUGGGUGAAUUUGAGUCAUUCCAAAAACCUGAAGGAGCUUCCUAAUCUUUCAAAUGCCAUUAACCUUGAGGUAUUGGAUCUCACUGGAUGUUCAAGUCUAGUCGAGCUCCCUUCCUUCCAUGAAGCCACUAAUCUUACGAGUUUGCAUCUUAGUGAAUGUUCCAGUCUUGUGGAGCUCCCCUCCUCCAUCGGAAAUACCACUCUUCUCAAGGAAUUGAAUCUCGCUAAUUGCUCAACUCUAGUGGAGCUACCUUUCUCAUUUGGAAACCUUCACAAUUUAUGGAAGUUGACAAUGGAUGGGUGCUCAAAGCUAAAGGUUCUUCCGAUCAACAUCAACUUGAAGUCUCUUGAGGAACUUUAUCUCAGAAAUUGCUCGCUCUUGAAAACGUUUCCUGAGAUUUCCACGAAUAUUAAACUUCUCAAGCUCAAUGGGACUCCAAUAGAAGAAGUGCCCUUGGCGACUAGAUCAUGGUCUCGUUUUGAAGAAUUACAUAUGUCAUACUGUGAAAACCUCAAGGACUCACCGCAUGCUCUUAACAGUAUCACAGAUUUGCACUUGACUAAUACAGAAAUACAGGAGCUUGGUCCAUGGGUCAAGGGAUUCUCUCGUCUACGUCGGCUUUUACUAAACGGAUCACAGAAGCUGGUAUCACUCCCACAUCUUCCGGAUUCCCUGUUGCUCUUAGAUGCAGAAAACUGUGAGUCCCUAGAGAGACUAGAUUCAUCCUUUCGCAAUCCAGAUACUUCUCUCAACUUCUUUAAAUGCUUCAAACUAAAUCAAGACGCGAGAGAUCUCAUCAUCCAAGCAUCUAAUAGUGCAGUUGCAGUCAUACCCGGUGAAGAAGUGCCUGCCUACUUUAGUGACCGAGCAACUGGAGGUACCGUAACGGUGAAGCUGAAUGAGUGGCCUCUUCAGAAACCCUUGAGAUUUAAGGCUUGCGUUGUGCUGGUUAAUAAGGUUGACAAUGAGCCUCGUGGUGUGCAGAUAACGUCUGUGUCAUAUAAGAUCAUCGACAAAAAGAAUGGCGUCAUUGUUCCAUGUAUACCAGAACACCUCCCUCUACCUCGCGCUGUAACAUUUACAGGGCAUUUGUACACCUUUGGUUUAGAAGUAGAUGGGACUUCCAACGAGCUUUCCUUUGAAUUCACAGUCUUUAGUAAAUCAUGGGAUAUUAAAGAAUGUGGGGUACUCCAACUUUCUUAAGUUUCUUUGUAUAGUGAUAACAUCAGAUUAGUUUAUGUGCAUUUUUAUGUUGUACUUUUGUAUGAUUAUCAUUA